AUGGAAGCAAGAAAACGCCUCAUACUGGUGUCUAUCAUCGUCGCAUUUCUCAUACUCAUCGUGGUCGGGAGUCUUGCAUGCUGGGUCAUCAUCCUACGCAACAAGCUACGAAUUGAACGUAUGAGAGCACGUCGCGGAUACGAUUCCUAUUCGUCAGAGCUUGACACCGAGUCGAUACCACUUCCCGAGCGACCUCCCAAUAUCCCCCGACUUUAUGUCCACGACGAGACUGGGUCGAGGCUCAUUACCACCUUCUCAUCCUCUGCUCCCAAGAGCGAGGUUUCACAUGACCUGCAUCCGCCUGAACCAACAUACCAGCCCUUGCACCGCGAAACGGUGACCAACUCCGAUAGCUUUGGAGAACAAUCCAGGUCCAUGUCGUCCGCGGGCUCCAGUCGUUGGGAACCUUCAUAUGCUCCAUAUCCGGAGUUCAAGCAUCCGUAUCAAAUGUAUCCUGGUCCUCGAUAUUAG